AUGUGGGAAUUCCGCUCCUUCUCCUUUUGGAGAGCGGUGUUUGCUGAAUUUUUUGCCACUAUGUUCUAUGUUUUCUUUGGCUUAGGUGCAUCUCUAAAAUGGUCAGCUGGGCCAACAAAUGUGUUGAUUGUCGCACUAGCAUUUGGUCUUGCCCUAGCGACCAUGGUUCAGUCUGUUGGUCAUGUUAGUGGUGCCCAUAUAAAUCCUGCAGUUACCUUUGCAUUCCUCAUUGGCUCCCAGAUGUCACUCUUCCGUGCCAUUUUUUACAUUGCAGCACAACUCCUUGGUGCAGUAGCUGGAGCUGCCGUACUUUAUGGCGUAACCCCUGCAGCCAUCCGUGGCAACAUGGCUCUCAACACGCUGCAUUCUGGAGUGAGCCUUGGGCAGGCUACCACAAUAGAGAUAUUUUUAACUCUGCAAUUUGUGCUGUGUAUUUUCGCUACUUAUGAUGAGAGGAGGAAUGGUCGUUUGGGCUCUGUGGCUUUAGCUAUUGGAUUUUCACUCACUCUGGGACAUCUCUUUGGGAUGCACUACACUGGAGCCAGUAUGAAUCCUGCCAGGUCGUUUGCUCCUGCAGUACUUACAAGAAACUUCACCAACCACUGGGUCUACUGGGUGGGCCCUAUCAUCGGAGGAGCACUUGGAGGCCUUGUGUAUGACUUCAUCCUUUUUCCCAGAAUGAGAGGCCUUUCUGAGAGACUUUCAAUUCUUAAAGGAGCCCGGCCUGCAGAGCCAGAGGGACAACAGGAAGCAACGGGCGAACCUAUAGAGCUGAAAACACAGUCCCUAUAAAUAAGACCUUUUCACCCUUACAUAGCAGCAAACUGACAUUCACACACGCACACAAUUUGGACAUAGUUUAAUAUCCGUCAUAGGGGUGUGUUGGGAGAGGGACUGGGUAAUCUUUGAAAAUUGUUUCUUUUCUUACAAGGUUGUGAGUAAUGUGUUGAAAGAGGGACGGAAGGUACAGUUAAUGUGCUUUCCUUUCUCCCUGACGCAGAGCUGGAGUUGUUGGGUAUGGAAGGGUUUUAAGGGACUCAGAGCUGAGGGGAAAUUUGAGGUUAUAUAUUUUAAGGAUAUUUUCCAAAAGAAGUUAAGAAUCUUCUCUGUCAAUAAAGCGUAACAAUUGAAAGGGCAAUAGAUGCUAACUCCAAAGUAUAUUGAAAAAAAUGGUAUCUAAAUAAUACAAUAUUAUGAUCACUUACAGUUCCUCCCCAAAACCUUCCAACCACCCUCCAAGCUUAUUUUUUGAAUCUGAUGUAAAUCUGAGACACACUAUUUCUUUUUAAUGAAUUUCAUCUUUUGGUGGUUUAAGGGCAUGUUUUUUGUGUUUUUUUAAGAGGGUGGAGGGAAAUGGGUAAACAUCCUUUUAUCAUCCAUUUGGCCCUAUUAAGCUAUUCUGUAGACAUCCUGUAAUAAUGAAGGUGUUUUCCCCCCUUAAUAUAUCUAUUACCCUUUACUUUCUCUGUGUGGUACCGUUUGCUCUGUAAUCUAAAAAACAUAGAGUGUGGCUCUGGUUAGCGUAUCCCCUUGCCACUUUUUCAGAACAUUAUAGACAUUUGAGGUUAGGAGCAGAAAAACAGCUUAGCAUCCCUGUUGACAGUUAGGACAUUACUUGUGACAAAAUUCCCAGCUAUUGCUAGUAAGAGUUUCUCUUUAAUCAGCAUAUUGCAGCUCAGACAUGGGUAUGUAUCUCUCUGUGUAGGUGCCAUAGAUAAUUGUUACUGCAACAAAGCACAAGACGUUUCCAUAUGCUGGGCAAGAACUUAAAGAGUAGAAGUGGACAAGAAGGAAUCUUGAAAGGUCAUUAUUACCUGUUUAAAUAUAAUUUAGGAAAACAUUUAAAAAAAUGACUGCUGAUCAUGAACUUGUAUGCAUAUACCAAUGUGCCAAUGUGUGUGAAGACAAAAAUUUAUACUGAGAGCUGUAAAAUUCUCAUCAAAGUUAAAGAAUAUGCAAAUCUAUUCCAUGAUUUAUAUGAAAUGUAAACAUGCAAUGGUUUCACAUUAUUCUUACAUUUGAUGAUGAAUAAGCAUUUUGUGGCAAAUUUAUUGGCACUAAAUUGGCUAAAAAGUAUGGAUUGUGAAUAUAUGCAAACAUUACAAAACUUAGGUUUAUGAUUUUUUUUUUUCAUUCUUACAUUUUAGUUAUGUAAAGGGGCCUGUGAACAGAAAUCAUAAUUUUGUAAAUUAAUAACAUAGGCUUACAAAUGAAUAUGUUAAAUAAAUAAAUUUAAAAAUAAA